CCCCGGGGCUGGAGAAGAUAAACAUCCCCCAGCAACCGGACCAAAGCGACCAGGCACCAAAUCACAGGCCCACUAGUCUCCAGCCUUCACUCCACAGCUCGAUCGCGAGCAAAGCUAGCUCAAGGCGCCGAGAGAGAGAGAGAGAGAAAGAGAGAGAGAGGCACGCCGGCGCCCGGGCAGCCAUGAGCGUGGUGAUCCUGGACGGCUCGACGGUGCGCGCCUUCGUGGCGGACGAGGCGGCCUUCGCGCGCAGCGUGGACACGCGCUUCGCGGCGCUGGACGCCAACGGCGACGGCGUGCUGUCCCGCGCCGAGCUCCGCCGCGCGCUCGAGUCGUUCCGCCUCCUCGACGGCGACGGGUUCGGGUCCGCCGAGCCGGCGCCGCUCCCCGCCGAGGUCGCCGCGCUCUACGACGCCGUCUUCGAGCAGUUCGACGCCGACCACAGCGGCGCCGUCGACCGCGCCGAGUUCCGCGACGAGAUGCGCCGCAUCAUGCUCGCCGUCGCCGAGGGGCUCGGCUCGCAGCCGCUCCAGGUCGCCGUCGACGACGAGGGAGGAAGCUUCCUGCUCGAGGCCGCGCAGCACGAGGCCAAGGCCAUCGCCGCCAAGGUCGACGCCGAGCGCAAGGCGGCGGCCGCCGAUGCUGAUGCUGCCGCCGCCGCCAAGUGACGUGCGGACGUGCCGCGUGGGGCGGUGGCCUUGUGCUCUGCGCUCGCUGUACUGCUUCUAGAUGUUGGUGUGCUGGUAGUACGUGUGAGUCGGUGCGCCGCGGCACGUGUACGUACGAUCAGAAAGCCGGUGGCGUUCCUCCUGAGGAACCAGUACUGGUUGUGAACGGAAUAAAACAGCUAUCAAGUGUAGGGUGUCUGGGUGUGUAACUUGUCAACCGUUUAGUAUUUUUCUUUUCUGAAAACAACUUGUUAAUUGCCAUUUCUUCGGUUCA